AUGCCCAAGAGAAAGGCUGAAGGGGAGGCUAAAGGAGAUAAAGCCAAGGCCAAGGACGAACCACAGAGAAGAUCCACAAGGUUGUCUGCUAAACCUGCUCCUCCAAAGCCAGAGCCCAGGCCUAAAAAGACCCCUGCAAAGAAGGGAGAGAAAGUACCCAAAGGGAAAAAGGGAAAAGGUGACGCUGGCAAGGAGGGGAAUAACCCUGCAGAAAACGGAGAUGCCAACACAGACCAGGCCCAGAAAGCUGCAGGUGCUGGAGAUGCCAAGUGA